AAAUUUUAAUUUAAAUUAUAAAAAUAGUGAUAACAUGAAAAACAAAAUAUAAAAAAGAGUUAAAAAAAAUUAUAUUUUUUUUUUUAAUUUCUAAAAAGUUCUCAAUAAAAAAGUAAAACAUUAAAAAAAUAUUUAUAAAUCUAACCAUUUUUUUAACCAAAAAUGGAGCGUUGGCACAAUCGCGUUGCCGUCGUCACCGGCGCCAGUUCCGGCAUCGGUGCGGCCAUUGUGAAAUAUCUCGCAAACAACGGUAUGAUCGUAGUUGGACUCGCACGACGCGUGGAACGCAUUGAGGCGUUGCGUAACGCAGUGGCGGCUGAGGCGCGCAAACGCAUACACGCCAUCGGCUGCAAUAUCUGCAAUGAGCAUGAAGUGAUUGCCGCAUUUAAAGAAAUCGCCAGCAAAUAUGGCCCCGUAGCGGUUUUGGUCAACAAUGCGGGCAUUGUGCGCAAUAGUACGCUGUUGGCCGACGGCAAUACACAGGAUAUACGAGACAUAAUUGAAACCAAUAUCUUAGGCGUGGUGUAUGCCACACGUGAGGCAUUCCGCGCGAUGAAGGCGCACGGCGGCGAUGGACAUGUCUUUCUAAUGAACAGUAUAGCCGGACAUCAAGUGCCGAUUUUAGGCAAGAUUUCAAUGAGUAUCUAUGCGCCGACAAAGCAUGCUGUAACGGCAUUAACCGAAGUUUAUCGGCAAGAGUUCAACAAUGAGCGUAGUAAAGUGAAAAUUACGAGCUUAAGUCCCGGCUUUGUUGAAACCGAAAUUGUAACGCCGCAUAUGCGUGAUAGCCUCAAGGAUUUCUCACGCCUGCAUGCAGAUGAUGUUGCCGAUGCGUUGAUUUAUUGCCUACAAACACCGCCGCAUGUGCAGAUUCAUGAGCUAACGAUUAAGCCACUCGGCGAGUUAUUUUAAUUGGCGCAAUUAAGUGAUUAUCUAAUAAAAAAUUCCAAAGUAGAUGUAAACUUAAUUGUAUGCCGUUUAAUUGAUGUUACCACUUAAUUCAAAAACUACUACGUUUACAAAAAUACAGCGAAUAAUUAUAAUAAAAAAACUAUGCAUAUUUUAAAUAUAACAUAGAAAUUGUCUCAUCAAAAAAAAAAAUAAUAAAAAAUCUGGCAACUCUUAUUGGCACAAAAAAUAAAAAAGCACUUAAGAAUCCUUAAAAGCAACGUUGUAAAAAUAGCAUAAGAAAUUGUCUCAUAAAAAAAUAAACAUUAAAAAAUAAAAAAAAUCUGGCAACUCUUAUUGGCACAAAAAAAAAGCACUAAAGAAUCCUUAAAAGCAACGUUGUAAAAAUAGCAUAAGAAAUUGUCUCAUAAAAAAAUAAACAUUAAAAAAUAAAAAAAUCUGGCAACUCUUAUUGAAAUGAAACAGUAAAAAACACUUAAGAAUUUCAAACACUAACUACUCGAGCUAUCUGUUUCUUUUAUUAAAAGUGUGGAGCAACAGUUUGGAUAGAAAACCAGCGCCGGUUCUCAUAUAAAAAAUUUGUAUUCCUGGAAUAAACUUUCGUUGUUCACUUUUUUGUAUUUUUUAUUUAUUUCAUGACUUUCUUUAAAUAAAUAUUUUUUGAAAUAUGGGCAACCUCCUUUGAA